UCCACGACACGACUCGGAAGGAUCUUUUGUUUGAAUGGAGUGACAGGGCAGAGCCAACGAGCCAACACCUCUCCAUUGACCCACUUCCUUGAGCUCGAGCCUCUGCUGCACACAAACCACAUAGUAACCCGCUGUUUCUUCUUCCAACAGGACAUUGCCAAUCUUGCUACCUUUCCACUAUGCCGCCAUCAGAAGCCAUUAAUAAUGAACGCCACGAAUGUGCAGCCUGCAGUGCAGACACAAGCUAUCCCGCCAAGUGCUAUCGCUGUCAAGCAAAGGAAUGUCUUCAAGCGGUUCCUUGUUGCAUCGACCUUUGCCUUAAUUGCUACCCCAAGAGAGAUUCCUUGAACCUGCCGAAACCACAUGAAAAGACACACAAGUUGCUCUGCAUUGAUCCAGCCGCAGAGGAAAAGUUCAAAGAUGAAAUUGACCGUCUUUGCUUUCGAAAGGGCCAGCUGGAUCCGCUAGAAAAGAAAGCUCGUGUCGAUCUCAUCAACACAGAUCGGAAUUUUGGAGACUACAUUUCCAAUGCGCUCGAAACGGGAUCCAUUCAAGUUGGUGUGGAAUACGAAGCAAACGAAUUUUUUAAGCUCUUGGAAUGUCGCGUGGUCUACUUCAAGGAUCAUGGUCCCGAUGGGCGAAUUGUUUGGAACUUUGAUGACUACGACAAUGCAUCCUGGGAAAGCGCUCAAUCUUGGUCAUUUGAAGGCUUAAUAGAAUCCCAAAACAUGUGGUAUCCUUUUCGCAAUGGGCGAAUGGAAAUUGACGGUGACAAACGGUACGAGGAAUAUCCAGAUUCCCUGAAACUGGGUUUUCGAGGUUGUAUGGUGAGACAGUCGGAGAUUGCAACCUUGGGAAAGAUCCGAGUGGCACGGGAAGGGCCCUACGCAUUUGGAGUCUUUCUCAACUAGCAAACCAGAGACCCGACAAACAAUGACAAUCGAAGAACGGAAGCCUUCCUCUCCAGUCUUUCCGGUCGGUAACGGGCAGAUUGGAUCGACUAUUCGCUAGUCAAUCUAAUAGUGCCCAGCCGCCGCGUUGAUUAAAAUUGGAUUGUGCUUCUUAUGAGGUUACAUGCAAUAUUUUCCUGGAAAGGUCAUAGCACGUCCUUGUUCCCCACAGAUGCAUACGCCGAGCCAGACAGUUAGGCGCCUUGUUUGUGUUGCUUGAUGUGUCGUCGAGCUC